AACAUACAAAAAAUCAUAAAAUCUGAGUGUGUCUCAACUUUUUUACGUAUAAUUCAAAAUGACAAUAGAGUAUUUUUUCUAUUUUAAUUUAUAUAAUAUAAAUUUAUUAUAUUAACUAUGGUUAAAUAUUUAGUUUGAAAUAAAUUAAAUUUUAAUCAUUUAUUUUAAUUAGGUCAUGUGUUAUUAAUGAGGUCAAUGACUUGAGAAAAAUAGAAAGAGGGGUCAUGUGUCAUUAAUCACGAAUGACGAAGACUUGAGAAAAUGGAGAGGAGUCGGAUCCAAUCCCGCACCCAACUAUCAUUCAUCCCCAUGCCCUGAUGGCUGAUCCCCACCCACCACUUGCCCAUCUUCCAGCUUCCUUCAUAUCUCCUCUGCUUUUACUAUCUCCAAACUCUGCACACACUCACACUCUCACUCUCUCUCUCUCUCUCUCUCUAUUCCUAUUUCCACUCUCUCCACUUUCACUUCGAUCCAUUCUCUCUCUCUCUAGAAAAUCACCAUGUUUGAUGACUCUGUAUCUACUGUUUAUUCUUCAAUCUGGGCAUCCAUGAAUAGCUGGUUCACUCCCACUGUUCUUUUUGCUCUUCUCAAUGUUAUGAUAGGUAUCAUUGCUUUUACGUCUUCCUUAAAUCACCCAAAACAACAACAGCAGCCAGAAGACGACUACUCACCAAGUCAACCACAACAACAACAGCAGGAAGAUCAGUCACAUAAUCAGCCACAACAAGGACAGCCGCCUUCUAAACUUGCUAGAUCUCCUUCCCUUCUUCAACGCAUUAAAUCCAUAAAUUUCUACAAUUACAGAUCUCAGGAACCCGUUAAGGAUUACAACUUUGACCAUCCCCAUCAACAAGAAACCCCAUUUGAACCACCACCGACACAUUACAUUUUUGAACCAGCCCCUGAACAUACUACUAUAGAACCAGAUAGCACCACCACCCAGUAUAUUCUCGACAAAGAGAAUGUCCAAAAGGCGCGAACCCAGUACGAAAAUCUUCCAGACACACAAACCCAGUACCUUUUUCAGCAUACCCAUGAAGAAAAACUUGAAGAUAUGGAGACCCAUUUCGACUUUCAGCAAAUCCCAGAAGAAGACAAUGAAGAUGAAGAUGAGCUAAAGAGCUUGGAUGAAGUGUACAGUCAAUUAACGGAACACCAUGUGAGCAGGAGCAGGUCAGAUAGGACGCCGUCGGCGGGUGAAGUUCCGGCGAAGAUGAAGAAAUCAGCUAGUAUGAAAUCACCAUUUGCGCAUUUUGAAGAAGAAGAAGCCAUUGUGGAAGCUCGACGGCCGGCGACUACAAGGGAGAGGAAUGCUAAGACAAGUGAUGGAGACACUGAGGUUGAUGCUAAAGCCGAUGAUUUCAUCAACAGGUUCAAGCAACAGUUGAAAUUGCAGAGGGCGGAUUCCAUUCUUAGGUACAAGGAGAUGCUUGGCAGAGGGAGCUAGAAGUAGAAGGUAUCAAUUUCUAGUUUCAUGGGGGCUUAAUUUCCAGUUUCUGAUUACUUUUGGGGCUGUUGUAGAAAUUGAGGAAAAGUAAGAUUGUGAUCCAAAUGUUGCUGCACCUUUUGGUCCAAUGUCUUCUUGUCCUUUGAAUUUGACAAACAAACAGGGGUUUUAUGAAUGGGCAUUAUAGUAAUUUUAAGCUA